AUGACGACCACGGAUGACACAGGCAAUCUCAAAGGUGCUAGUUCAAGUGCCACACAUACAGCCAAGCAUGUUUGGCAUGCGUUACUGGGUGCCGAAGCCGGCUCAGACGCCCAGUAUGACGCCCGCAUCCAUGGACGGAAAUUACAGUUAGCUAACGUCGAUCGAGCUGCGCCACCGCCAGCCACACCACUCCUAGAGAAACAAUACAGAAAGGCGCUACGACGUACACAGCGGCAUGCGUUCCCCUCCUACGUUCCUCCUCCUCCCAGGAAACCCAAAACCAAAAACAGUAAAAGAAAGAAUCAGCGCAUCCACCACGAUGAAAAGCUGUCCCUGGAUCAGGUGCAGCCCUUGGUCCAUUUAUGGACAGCCUACAUCCGAGAUGCACUUCAUCUGCGCGGUAUGACAUGUUGUUCUGCUCAGCAGCAACUCAGACAGGCGUCAUGGGCGAAUGCCCUUCAAACAUCUCUGCUGAAGAUGGACUGGACCGGCGCACACAUCACAGGUACGCCGCCUCUGCAUGGCAUCCCGCAGCUGACCAUGGCCUCAGUCGUGCGCUCAUCCCAGCCGAAUCUCGUGCAUACAAGCGGCAUUGUCGUGAAAGAGACCCACGAAACAUUUGCUAUAGUGCAAAAGAACCUGCCGACUGAUGUGGUAGUCCCACCGAAAUGCAUUCCAAAAUGCAACACAGUCUUUCAACUUGCUUUGCCGUUGGACGAUGGACAAUUGGGCGUAGACUUGCACGGGAAUCAAGUGCGAUACACGCUCCCUGUGAGAGUUACAAGAAAGCAUAAGGCAAGAAAGACGAUGGAAAUAUAA